AUGAGCUCACAAGUCUCCACAUCGCGGGGUUUACAUCCCCCAGAGAAAAUUAUGACGUACGAGUCCCCUCACACAUGGCCACUGUCGGUACCUAUGAGCAAGGCUGAGGCAGGUAGCAGCGAUGAUCAGGAGGUUAGGCUGUUGUCGGUUUCUUGGAAUCAGGAUUGUGGUUGCUUCGCUGCUGGCACAAGUAAUGGCUUUAGAAUCUUUAACUGCGACCCUUUUAAGGAGACUUUCAGGAGGGAUCUGAAGAGUGGUGGGUUUGGGAUAGUUGAGAUGCUGUUCCGCUGCAACAUCCUUGCUCUUGUAGGUGGCGGCUCCAAUAUGCAUUAUCCGCCCAACAAGGUGAUGAUCUGGGAUGAUCACCAGAGCCGUUGUAUUGGGGAGUUUACCUUCCGCUCUGAUGUCCGGGCUGUAAAAUUGGGGAAAGAUAACAUUGUGAUUGUCCUUGAGACAAAGAUAUAUGUUUAUAACUUUACGGAUUUGAAGAUGCUCCAUCAGAUAGAGACCCUGCCAAAUCCUAAAGGACUGUGCUGUCUCUCUCAUCAUUCCAAUACUUCAGUGCUGGCCUGUCCUGGGCUCAGUCAGGGAAAUGUUCGGGUAGAGCAUUUUGGGCUAAAGGUGACAAAGAUGAUUACAGCCCAUGAUUCACACAUUUCUUGCAUGGCCUUGACCAUGGAUGGUCUCUUGCUGGCAACGGCUAGUAUGAAGGGUACUCUAAUCAGAAUAUUUAACACAAUGGAUGGCACACGCCUGCAAGAGGGUAUGCAGGUGCGCAGAGGUCUUGAUAAAGCCGAGAUAUACAGCAUUGCACUGUCACCAAAUGUGCAAUGGUUGGCAGUGUCCAGCGACAAAGGAACGGUUCAUAUAUUCAGUCUAAAAGUCAGGGUUGCGGGUGAAGAUUCAAGUAAUGAUCAGCGUACCCUUGAAGCUCCACGGAUGGAUCACCAGAAUUCUUCUACCUCUAUGGAUCCUCUUAUACAAACAAACACCGGAUCCAAUGCAAGCUCAUCACUGUCUUUCAUGAAAGGGAUUCUGCCGAAGUACUUCAGCUCAGAGUGGUCAUUUGCUCAGUUCCAUUUACCGGAAGUCACACGUUACAUCGUAGCUUUCGGUGCUCAAAACACUGUAAUGAUGGUUGGCCUGGAUGGCAGCUUCUACAGGUGCAUCUUUGACCAAGUAAACGGCGGGCAGAUGACGCAGAAGGAAUACUCGCGGUUUCUCAAGACUGACUACCCUCCCCUGAGGACAUUGACCGCGUAA